UCUCAGCUAUGACAUCACUGGAGUGAGCUUGGGGAGUAAGAAGAUUCACGGGGGAAUAAUGAUCCGUCGUCAUGGAGACAGGCCUCCGAACAGCUGCUGAUUCGCUCCUGCAUUUCUCCCUCUCUCUCUCUCUCCCCUUCUCCUUCUUCCACCCUCCCUCUGCCGCUGCCAGUCUAUGAGGUGUGAGGAGCAGGCAGGAUACUCACAGCCACAGACCUCACUUCUCAGGACCCUGCGCGCUGUCGGCUGUGCGGGGAGAUGGCGCCGUGUUCCGCAGAGACCCGGGGAGCUAACCCAAGCGGUGGCUCCUGACCAAAGCGGCGGAGGGAGCGACGAGCUGAGGAGCCCCACUUCCCCAGAGACUCGCAGUGUGGAAUGAAAAGCACUCCCAGCGGCUGCCUCUGAGACGGACGCACUCGCGCCCCCUAGGGCACCCACAGCACGCCGCUCCCCUGGUUCUGGGGGGACCAUGAAAUCCGACGGGCUGGGAGGACCUGUACAAACCGCCGUGUCGGCACGGGCGGUCUACAACGGCGACAAGGCCUGGUCACCCAAACCUGGGGACACCACUCAAAAGGCAAAGAUGGCUGCCAGACCUAAGCCAGAACUCAAUGGUUCCCCCAAGAUGGAUUCCCCUAGGCGAGAGAAUGCAGCUAUGGGGGUUACCGCCGUGACCCCACCCCGGGAGGUCAAUGCAAGCAAAGACAAGAAGCCCAAUGGGACGAGACCCAGGGCCCCCGCCAGCUCUGCCACAGCGCAUCCGAAGACCAGCAAGUCCAAAAAAAAUGGCUCCGGGACAGAGUCUCCUCAGGGUGUGGACGGCCCACCCCCCCUCAGCACCCCCACCUCCGGCAGCGUCUCACCCGAGAACAACUCCAGCAGCCCCCGCAGCGCCACCCCAGGACAGCGGUCAAAAGCUGUUGCCAAGGUUUCACCCCGAUCCCCCGUGACCAAGACAAUGCGGAAACCCUGCGAUCCCACCAAGGCUAACAGCACAACGAGCAGGACUGUCACGAAGGAGGCCGGCAAGGCCAAAUCCGGAGCCUCAGGCCGCCCCUCCACGGCGGCUCCAGGUUCAAAAGGCGAACCAAAAGGGAGAAGCACACCCACCAACCCAGUAGAGAACUUAGGUCCCAAGCCCGCCCCCCAAGCCAGCGGCACGCGGAAACCCUCAUCCCCGCGGAAAGAGGAGAUCCCCAAGCCGCCGGCCGGGGAAGGGGCAGCCAGCGAUGCCAAAAAGAAGCCAGCCAAAGCUUCUCCGGCUGCCUCAACGACCGCCAAUGGGAAACAGGCGAAGGCCGCCGCCAAGCCGGCUCCACUCGCCGGCGGGAAAAGCUCCCCGAGGCAGAAGGCUGUUGCUGAGUUUCCCACCCCAAAGGGGUCGCCCAAAUCGGCUGGGCCUGAGAAACAGGCCUCCCCCGCACUCAAGAGACACUCUGCCAAAGGUAAGGAGACGUCCAGCCAGAGGACCCCAGCCGGCAAGCUAACAGGCCCCAACCCCCACAUAUCCACUGGCGAAGAGCAGCCAAAGGGGCCAGUGGAGCAGGCGGAGAAAUCCCCAGCACACGUGGGAACACCCCGGAAGCCUGACGUAGCCACGUUAGGGCCAGGCCAUUCUGCCGAGACCUCUGGCCGUGCGGGCAAGACUCGGCAUUCUGGCGGGGGGGCAGAAAACCAGAGGAAAGCCCCAGCGGAGAAUCAUGCCGCUCGUACGGACACCAGUGCCGGGAUUGCAGUGGCGCCGAUGCCAGCCCCUGCCACGCUGCCAGGCCCAGCGAACCCACCCAAGGGCAAUGAGCCGGCCAGGACGCCAGGCAGCCCCGCAGGGCCCCAGACUCCACCGGAAGACUUUUGGAGUGGCUCCCACCGGCAGGUCAGCCCCGAGUCGGAGUCCGCCAGUGCCGCAACCACCUCCUCAGAUGACAUCAAGCCCCGCUCGGAGGACUACGAUGCCGGUGGCUCUCAGGACGAUGACGGCUCCAAUGACCGCGGCGUUUCCAAGUGCGGCACUGUCCUGUGCCAUGACUUCCUGGGCCGCAGCAGCAGUGACACCAGCACACCAGAAGAGCUAAAGAUGUACGAGACAGCGCUGCGGGUGGAGCCCCGCCUCCGGGCUCGUGACGCACCCGACCCCUUCCACGGCCACUCCACCAGCGAGGAGGAGGUGACCCGCCGCCGGCCGCGCUCCUGGCAGCGGCAUGAAGAUGCCCCCCUGGAGAAGGAGACCUGUGAGGACAACGCCGAUGCCCUCACCGUGCGGAACAUUCCAGACCACCAGCUCUUUUCUUCUGAUGAAGAGGAGGAGACAGAGGACGAGAGGUCAGAGGUGGAGAUCCACACGGAGGUGGCCCCGCCUGCUGCCGACCUCUCCCCACGCCAGUUCCAAGGAAUCGUCAACCUAGCCUUUGAGGAUAUCGGCGAGGCGGACAACGGCAUUCCCGCUUACCCAUCCACCUCCAACUUUCGCCGCUCUGUCCUGCUUUCGGUGGAUGAGUGCGAAGAGCUGGGAUCUGAGGAGGUGGGAGUGCAGACGCCUCUCCACCGGCCCAGCACCGCCGCACCUGGCGACGUCUUUGAUGCCACGUCCGACAAGCCAGUAAGGCGUGUGUGUAACUCUUCUGACUUGCCAGCGAAGAAGGAAUGCAUGCCAGCUUCCCCGGGAAGUGUCCUAAGAGAGGACAGGGAGCUCCCCCAGGAGGGGCAGCCUGCGGGGAGUAUCGGGCCUGCCGACCAGCCCCCUGACCGUGAAGGCACCGACCUCCGGCCCCAGGAGAGACCACGACACUUGGACCUCCAAUGCAGUGAGCAAUACACGGACGGCUCCCCGCACAAGAACCCGCUGCUUGAACCCACAGACAAGAAAAAGGAAGCACAGCUGGAACUGUGUGAGCAACAGUCGUCUUCCCCAGCAGGGGACUUAGAUGAUUGUGAGAAACUGGAUCAAAGCAGCACUUUUGACCGCCGCCCGUCCAAAGUCCUAUCCCCCAUUUAUGAGACGGACACGGGGGAAGCUUUUGAGCAGAGCAUUGUUGGCCGGCGAGAGGAGGAGAGGGAGACGGAGCAGGCGGCCGUGGAAGAGGAGGAAGGCGGAGACGCCGAGGACUCCGUGAGCAGGCAUUUCGCCGAGCGGGACUGGACGCUGCUCCGUCAGCUCCUCUCGGACCAGGAUUCGAGUCUGGGCAUCAUCACCUGCGUGCCCGAGGACCUGAACCUGGCGCAGUACCUGAUUAAGCAGACGCUGGCGCUGUCACGUGACUGCCUCAGCGGCCGGCCCCUCCCCUCCACGGAGCAGGAGGCUUGCAAGCGGUGGGCGGAGCUUAUCUCGCCGAUGGAGGACUCCACCACCAGCAUCACGGUGACCAGCUUCUCUCCGGAGGACGCCGCCUCCCCUCAGGGCGAGUGGACCAUCUUAGAGCUGGAGACACAUCACUGAAGUGGGCGGCGGCCCAGCCCCCGAGGGCUCCGCCCAGCACUGGGGGCGUGGCCUCUCCCCCAAGCCCCCUAACACUGGACCUCAUGUUUAACACCCUGGAAUAACAGUGGACAGUUACGUUUUUGUUUUCCUUGGAAGCUUUGUUCGCUUUCUGACGGACGUUAGAGCAAGAGCCAGUCGCUGCACCUCGUCUUCUCGCAGGUAUCCUGCCAGCCAGCACUGGGCACUGAAGGAGCUUGUUGCAUGUGCAUUUUUUUGUAUGUUUAACUGUUUACUUGGUGUUGCUUUGACUUAAUUGCCAUCAAAAAGGUGUGUGACACCCCCCCCCCCCAACUCAUUGCAGCGGUCUCCCGGGUACGUCUCAUCAGGAAAUGAGAGAAUGUGUGGUUUACAUUUUGUUGGUUUACGUUCAUUGUAGUAUUUAAGGAAAAAUAAAAUGUGUGAUUCUCAGAGGAAAGCAGCCAAAUUAAACUUGGUUGUCAAGUGUUUAGCGGAGAGGCAGAGUUUUCACAGAUACGUAGGUAGUGGUAGAAGCCCCUGCUACACCGCAACACACACCGCGACAGCACGACACACCCUGUGACACACACCAUGACACACACACUCUAACCCAUCCCUGGCACCCCGGUUUGGAAAGACGCGGCUCAGUUUCGGCACAGAACCCUGGGCUCCAGUUCCUGAUACGCACCGUGGGUACAAUGUAAUGCAAGAACUCAUUUAAAUAAUGAAUUGUCUUUAAAAAGACUGCGAGUCCUGAGCUGCCGUUAAUAAUUAAAGCGUCGAGGUAUUUAAAAAAUGAAACGAGGUUAAUUUAUUUAAAUUAAUGUUAAUUUAUAUCAAGAUUAAAUUGCAGAAAAAUUGGAUUGAAGCUUAAAAUAGUCGCUCAUUUGUUCACUGUUGUGUUGAAUCUUUUUCUGGCAGAAAUGAAUUUAUCAUGUCAAGAACAAUAACGGCAGUGUAUUAAAACGACGAAACUUUGAUUGGUUUCUGAUUGUCUUUAUGUUCCAAUGUCAUAUUAAAUUUGCAUAAUGUCUA